AUAUGACAAGUGUGGGCAGAGAUACCCCUCAUCACUAGCGAUCCUUCACAGCUUCUCUGCUUUAUCAGGUAUAUUCUCCCCAAUAUCGUUGUUCAUUCACAGCACUGAGGCCUUUGUCCUCCAGUUUAUCAUCACUUGCAAUGAGUUGGAAACAGAUCCCCGGUGCUCUCGUGCGAAUCGCUGCUGGAUCAGCCACCAACGUCUGGGGGGUCAACUCCGCUGGCAAUAUCUUUCGCUACACAGGCGAUGACAGUCACCCCUGGGUCCAGAUUCCUGGUGCCCUGACGGAUAUUGGUGCUGCCGCUGAUGGCACGGUUUGGGGUGUCAACUCCGCUGGCAACGUCUUUCGCUAUCGCUGGGACACCGAUAAUUGGAUCCAAAUUCCUGGCGCUCUCACACGAAUCUCCGUUGGAUCGCGCACCAAUGUGUGGGGGGUCAACGCUGCUGGCAACAUCUUUCGUUACACGGGUGACGACAGCAAUCCCUGGGUCCAGAUUCCCGGUGCCCUAACCGAUAUUGGAGCGGGUGCCGAUGGCACGGUUUGGGGGGUCAACUCUGGUGGCAACAUCUUUCGCUAUACCGGGGAUGAGGGGGAUUCCAAGCACUGGGUCCAAGUUGCCGGUACCCUUACUGCGAUCGAUGCUGGAGUGAAAACCAAUGUGUGGGGGGUUAAUAGUGGGGGAAACAUCUUCACGUACACAGCCGAUGAUCAAAGGCCCUGGGUCCAGGUCACUGGUGGGCUUGUGGAUAUUGGUGCGGGUGCCGACGGCGUGGUUUGGGGUGUUAACUCGGGUGGCAAUAUUUUUCGCUGGAUUCUGUGAUUAGCCUUCUUUUUUCAAAAUGUCCUCUCUGUCUUUGCGUCGCUAGUUGGGCAUAGAUAAGCUCGGUUCCACUUGUUCUCUUGGUGGCUUUAUGCCUUUGUACAUCAUCUGAAUUCAAACUAUUGUGACUUAACGAACGAGGGGUCAGGGAGAGUACACCAAUCAUAAAAUCAACUAUUGGCCAACAGCUAGCAGGUCGCCGU